AUGACCAGGGACUGCGGCGAUCUUCCACCGUCGGCUGAGAACUGCGGCGAUGCUGGAGACCGACGGCGAGGCGCGAUUGGUGAUGCUGGAGACCGACGGCGAGGACGAGGCUGGAGACCGACGGCGAAACUAACGACGACUGGCGAUUCUCGAGACUGGCGGCGAGGAUGUGGCGCAGCUGGCGAUGAAUCCCCGCGAUGCUGGAGAAGGCGGCUGGAGAAGAGGGAUGAAGAGGGUCGACUGCUGGAGAAGAGGGCCGACUGCUGUCGACUGCUGGAGAAGAGGGAUGAAGGCGGUCGACUCGAUCGCUACAAGGAUGGUGAUCCAGUAUGGUUGGGGACCCUGAUGACAGUCCUGCAGUUUACUAUACGACCAAUGCGGGGAAAUGAUCAUGAGCACGAGAUGGCAGUUAAAGUUGAAAAGAUGUAUGAUCUUGCAUAUUUUAAGGCAAAAGAGAUGCUGCAGCAGAAUCAUAGAGUUUUAGAGAAGAUUGUUGAUGAAUUACCUGAAUUUGAGAUCUUAACGGGCAAGGAUUUGGAAAGGAUAAUUGAAGAGAAUGAUGGGAUUCGGGAGAAAGAGCCCUUUUCCCUUUUAGAGACUUAUUAUACAGAGCCGGUGUCUAGCAGCUUUCUUGAAGUUGCAAAUGGUCCUGGCCCUAUUCUGUUAGGCUCUUCCUCCUAGGAUGAAGAGAGCACCCAAUUUUCUGGAUUAUGGAGAAGAUGAGAUGAACUUGUUCUUGGAGCGAGUAGGAUUGGUUGAGAAGAGGUGCCAUUUUUCCUUCUCAAUCUAGCGUUUAUGCUCCUUUGGAGGAUUUGAAACAUAAUUAGAUUUCCAAGUUUCUUGUUGUAUAUCUGCCUUGAAAUUAUUCAAAGAAAUAUAGAGCAUCUUUUCUCUGUUAAAUGUCUUCUCAAUCGCGGGAACAAUAAGCGUCUUAUUCAUACUUUUGCCAGAGGUAUCUGGAUUCUAUUUUUGUGCAGUGAGUGUUUAGUUUGUUCUUGGUUAAGGAGAAUUACCUCAGGUGUUUGUCAGUCUGUAUUAUGCUUUGGUCACUUGUGAUGGUUUCAGAAGCAACAGGCUGAGAAGACUGCAUAACUGCAUGCCCGUGGAUUGACAAAGCAUUUACAGCAGCAAAACAGGAGAUUGCAUUCCAAAAGUUUUACUGCAGGUUCAAAUUUGAGAGUUCGACACAGAAUCAGAAGUAGAUUCAACUUGAUAUAGUUGUUGAUGAAAUUGUCUAUGAGAAUAUUCUAUCUAUUCCUGACACUGGAAUAUAUUUUGCCAGGCAUUGGAUAUUGUAAAGACUACUUCAUGUUAUGUUGCAUUAAAUGUUCGAUGAAAUUACAUAUCUGAAAAAUUGUAAGAAAACAUGGCGGCAUAUACUGGCAGCCAUAACAGGUAAUAAUUGGGUGAGAAAGAAUGAUUUACAGAAAAUAGAGUUGACAGAAAAUACAGAAGCAAGAGAGGGGAUUCUUGCACCUAUAGAAGGCCUAUAACAGAUUCUCCGAAUGCUGGGUCUAGAGGCACUUUCCCAGUCAGGAGCUCCAAAAGCACUACUCCAAAGCUGUAUAUGUCGCUCUUCUCAUCAACCUUCAAAGUGUAUCCAUAUUCUGUCACAAGGAAAAAUGAGUAUCAACAAGGGUACCCUAGCAGCCUCACAAUGUUUCGGUGCCGGAGCCUCCCCAGGAGGCUGACCUCUCCAAACAGAUCAUCACCAUUUUCAAUGUCUGGUUCAGUUCUCCAGAGUUUCUUCACUGCCACCACUCCAUGUGGCCUGUGGACUUCAGCUUUGUAAACGAUACCUGAUCCUCCCAUGCCGACAAUGUUCGAUUCUUUUAUGCUUGCCAGUAUGUCAUUGCUGGUGAAGCUCAGCCUUUGGAAUGCUACUAAUGUCCAUGGCCAUUCUUUGCUGCUUUUGUUGAAGUAAUCAUCAACAAAACUAUUGCACAGGUACCACCUUUUGUACACCCAUCUCCCUGCAAAGAAUGCAAUGCCGAGAAAUAGAAUCACUGCGAUUCCAACAAGGAGUCCGAAGAGAAUGUGCCGGACGUGGAGAUUUUGCCGCUGCCUUGAGGUUGGAGGCAUUGUAGGACAAGGCAGAAGCACGCCGCCACAAAGGCCAGGGUUGCCUACGAGGUCACUAGGGUUUAUAGAAGCAAAUAAGCCGUUGGAUGGAACUGGACCUUGUAGCUGGUUAUGUGAUACAUUGAUCAUUUCCAGCGCUGGCGAGCUUCCAAGGGUUGGUGGGAUAUGACCAGUCAGAGAAUUAUUUGACAGAUCAAGAAUGGAUAAAGUGCGCAUUGUGGCAAUUGCAUGUGGGAUUUCUCCACUGAACUGGUUUCCCCUGAGCUUCAAAGUCACCAGCUUUUCGCACGAAGCAAUGCUUUGUGGAAGGUUUCCUGAAAAAUGGUUGGUGGAGAGAUCAAGGACCGAAAGCGAUGGGCAGUCCUGGAACUGGUCUGGUAUCCUGCCCUGGAAGCUGUUGCCCGAAGCCAUGAAUGUCUGAAGUGUCGGAAGGGAGAGGAUGUUGUAAGGAAGAGAGGAGUCGAGAUGGUUUCCAGAGACAUCAAAGAAGUUGAGAGAAGUGGAUAAAGAAAGGUCAUCAGGGAUUUGACCAGUGAGAUUGUUUUGGGCCAAUUCCAGCCUCUGAAGCUGUGGGAGGGUACCAAAGCCUACUGGAAUUGCCCCAGAGAGAUGAUUGUUGUGCAUCCUGACCCGAACCAGUGACUUGCAAGUCGUGAGGCUCAUUGGGAUUGAACCAGAGAAUGAGUUGUUGAAGAGUAUGAGCUUGGUGAGAUUCCCCGAGUCACAUAGACCAAACGGAAUCUCACCUGACAACGAGUUGGACGACACAUCUAGCCACUGCAGAGGCGAGUUCUGCCCGAGAUUCGUUGGCAACGAACCUGUAAAAGAGUUCUUCCACAGCUCGAGUACCUGUAAUUUGGUCAGGUUACCGAGCUGGCUAGGGACUGGACCAGUGAGCUGGUUUCGCAUCACAUUCAACAGCUCCAGAUUCUCGAGCUCAGCAAUCUCCGCAGGCAGCUCUCCUGAAAUCUGAUUAUCAGAGAGAUCCAACAUUGUGAGAGAUUGAAUGCUGCCAAGUUCUGGUGGGAUCUUGCCAGUGAAGUUGUUCCCGUACAGAAACAAAGUUGUGAGCAUUUUCAGCUUGCCUAAUUCAGCAGGAAUCUGGCCACUGAGACUGCCAACAGCCAAAUCUAGAUACUGAAGAUUGGUGAGAUUGCCAAUCUCUGCUGGGAUUUCUCCUUCAAACUCAUUGUAACCCAGAAUUAUCGUCUCCAAAGAAGUCAGCUGGCCGAUCUCCUUUGGGACGUUUCCAGUCAGGUUAUUACCAGAAAGGCCAAGAAACUUGAGCUUCUGCAGAUUCCUGAAAGAUCCAGGAAUCGGCCCUUGGAAGAAGCUCCCUCGAAAAUCCAGGCUUUGCAACAAUGUCGCAUUGCCUAGAUCCGCAGGGAGAAGCCCCGAGAAGUUGUUGCUUGAGGCAUUGAGCAAAGUCAACCCUGGAGCCAUUCCAAGGCCAGCUGGAAACUUGCCGAUGAAGUUGUUCAUACUGAAGUCAGCAGUCCUCAGUGAAGUGAGAUUCCCCAAAGAUUCCGGCAAGGCAGAGGUGAAGCCAUUGUUGAAGACAGAGAAAAAUGAUAGACUCCUCAGGUGCUGAAUGUGAUCCGAGAUGCUGCCACUGAGAUUCAUGUUGGAAAGGUCGAGCCUUUCCACAAGACCCUUGGCAUUGCAACUCAAACCGGUCCAGUUGCAGUGACUCCCAGAACCCAACCUCCAAUCCGCAAGCUGGUUUGACGAAUCGACCAGGCUCGAUUUAAUUGCGAGCAGAGCCGAGACCUCCACCUCCACCUCCACCACAUUAUGCUGGACACCAAGAGCUACAAUGGCGAGAUAGCAGUAGCCAAUGAAACAGUAUUGGAGGAAGAAAAGCAAUUUGGUGGAUUCCAUUUCUGGGUUCUCUCUCUCUUUCCUUGCCUGAGAUGGGUUCUGGGUGUAUUUUGCUUCUAGUUUUCAGACAUUGUCCAGAAGGGAAGGUCAGCAGAAGAACCAGAAGAAGGAUGCAGGAAGGGAAGAUGCUGUUGGAGAGAACAAAUGGGAGCUGGGGAGUUAUCGAAGAAAGACAAUGUGGUCAGAGAAGAUGAUAGAAGUAUAAUGUAAGAUGGUGGUGGGAUUAGUUUACGUGGGGUCUUGGGAUCUUAAACAGCUAAGGAAGUGGGUUCAAUCAGUGACUCACUGGAAAGCCAUUUGGAGGUAUUGGAAAUGUGGGGAGACAUUCAAACAUGGGAGGGGAAUGUGUUUCUUUCUUUCCCUUUUUUUUCUCAUAAAAUAUUCAGCCGAAGAAGUUUCAUUUUGGGUGAUGAUUAAUUAUAGAAAAAAAUCAUUGCUGGUAUGAUGGUCAGGUCAAACCUGGUUGGGGUUAUUGUUUUUGUCAUUUUUAACCUCUUAUUCCCCUGCAUUCAUUUAUUUAUUUGUACAUUUCACUCAAGGAAUUCGGAUUUUUUACAUUUCUGUCAGUUCCCUGCAGGCGUCUGAUUCAUUUACUGGC